AUGGGUAAGAAAACGAGUGGUAAGAGCUACAGAAAUUCAAAACACGAUGCACAGGAGUCUCAAUCCAUAGACCUCAUUUUUGGUCAGAGCAGAGCAUUCGCUUUAGAGGGCAGUUUGGUGAACCCGGAAGUAAAGAAGUACUUGACAUCUGUUAGGGCACAAGCCUUGAGCACGCUAGGUGCUAAUCCGAGCAUCGCCAGCGUGCAGAGACCUUCGAGGCCAAAGGAAAAUCAAGGGCUAUACGAUGAAGAGCCAGUAGUGAACCAAAAGCUAACCAGUUUCGACAAGAACUGUGAAGCAUGGCUAUCAUGGUUUAAACAGAUGAAACAAGAAACAGAAGAAAUUGAGAGACAGUCUAGUCAAAACUACACCCCGGAAAGCUUAAACUUGUUGCUCUUUUAUUUCAAGAAGUACCUACAAGAAGCGGUGAAAAAUGGUAGCAUUGAUACCAAUGAAAAGAUCACCAGAGUUUUGGAGUUGUUGCAAUCGCAUAGCGUUGAGGAAGAUGCAGAAAGCGAGGCACUUGAAAUUGACGAGGAAUGGGCCUCCACUCUGAUCGCUCAACUCAACACCAAAAGAUUCCACAACAUUCAAACUAUAGACGAUCUCAAACGCCUGAUAAGUACUCCAAAACCACUGCCGCAGAACUUCAACUCGUGGCACAACUUCAUCACAAGGACUGAGCCCACUCCUGCGCUGUUACAACGAAUGAAGAACAACGAUUGCGUUCUUCGAGUGGCCAGUUAUCUAAUUCAAUGGGUCGGUGACAUACCUAAGAAUAAAAACGUUGACAAGAUCUCUCAAUGGACACUGUUCGUUCUCUUAUACUUAGAAAAUAACCUGCCAGCUCCAGACGUCAGUAUACUGCGAGAUCUGGGCAAGAAAGCCCGUCAGUGCAAGCUCAAAACUUUGACGUCCACUGCCACUUUAUCAUCCUAUCACUUGGGUGUCCCUGUUGGGUUUUGCGAACCGAGUGCUAAAAUCGAGCCUCUGACGGCUAUUGACUUGGCGCUUGCUGUGAUUGCACUCGAAUAUGGUCAAAGGGACCUCAUUGACUGGACGGGUAUCUGA